AUAACACGAUGUCGCGUUUCAACAGAAUAGGACUCUUCGCGACGAGAAUAUAAAGCACUUUCUCGCUUCAAGCCACAGUUUAUUAAAAAAAGAAGUACUUUGGCUCGUCAUAAUGGGGUCUGAAGUUGAUUGUUCCGGAGUAUCGAGAGCAGUUUGGCUUGUGAAGGUAAAGUUGGUAUAAUUUAAACACUUUCAGACUUGUGAAGAAAUCUUGUUUUCCAUGUGACAUCAAGGGCAGAUCAUUUGACAUCAUAACAUCAUUUUAAUGUGAUAUACUUACUGGAAUAAUGGUUUUCUUUGUUCAGGUACCAAAAUAUCUGUCUAAUAUUUGGAUGGACAACACUGAUGCUUCUGGAAUCGUGGGGAGUCUUCAGAUAAACAAGUAAGAUGGCAACUUCCGGCCGGUUCAUUUUUCAAGAGGAACGUUUAAAUUGAUUCAAUUCAACUUAAGAUGAUUCACAUUUAAAUGUUGCCUAUUCUAGUGAUUAUUUGAUAGAAAUCGAUACUCUACUUUAAACGGUAUAGACUUUGAUAUCUUGGGGAUCACAAAAUAUUCAAUCAAACAAAUAUUUCAAAAACAGUAUUUGAAGAAAAUUAGUUUUGUAUUUUAAUUAGUAUAAUUCAGUUGUAGAACGCACAUCAUGUGAUAAGAUGAAUUACGCACUCAUUUUAAGUGGUUGUUGUUACAUGAUCAAUUGAAGCACAGAUGCCUAGAUCACCACCCUAUUAAUAAUACUUUACCUCUUUAUUAUAUAAAGUAAAUAGAUUCUAUAUUGCCGUGAGUCUGUACUGAAAUAGAUCACGGUAAACAGGUGGCUGCCCUUCACAUGCCAUGAAUUUGUUCUCACUGCCUUUUCAUGUCACCUGUGAUCUAUUGCUGAACAAACAUACAAGAACAUGGAAUCUAUUUGCUAAAUGAGACAUGCCAAUGAUACAAAAAUUGAUUAAUAUUUGUUACUCACAACAUAUUCCUUUGAAAAUUGGUAUCUAUUUCUUACAAAAUUCUUUAUUUCUCUCAAAAGUUAUUGAUCAUAGAUUUUGUCAGUUGAGCAUUUCCUGAAUUAACUUUUUGAUUACAUUUACAACAUAAUAAAUCUUGCUUUAAAGCCUAUAAACUGCUUCUUUUAUCAACAGCAAUCCUCAGAGAAAUGAGGUAUGUGGUAGAUUAUCCAUGUUCUAGUUUUUCUAGCAUGUGAUAUUAUGUACCAAUAAAAAAUUAGGUAAUGAUUAUAAUGAUUAUUUUAUAAAAAUGUCAAGGAAGCUCUCAUCUUGUGAAUGAGUUUUAGAAGUCUGGCAAAUGGUAUGAAUAUGGGUAAUUAUUAAAAGAGGUUUUAAGUAAUGUGCUAAAUAUCUGCAUUCACAUUCAAAGGAUCUUUCCUCUUUAUGUCCCAAUCCCCCUCAGGUUACCCCCUUCUCAGUCCUCUGUUCCCUUGGGAGUAAAGAAAGGGAGGGACCCAGUAAAUGAGGUUGACAUGUAUGUUAGGCCAGAUUCCAGAAAAAAGAUGAGCACUAGUAACUGAUGUAUUGAAUACUUAUCAGAAUACAAACGAUUAAUCUUCAAAUCCAAAGUCAUCUUAAAAGCAUGAAUAUGUUUUUAUAUAUCUUUGUGUCCUCCCACAUUGUUGGUGAGGGAAAAGCUAAUCAGUAAUUUUUUUUUAACUAGUUUGGUUGCAUAUUUCAGGUGGCAUUUAAUCUGUCAGAUGCAUUGGCAAAUAAAGAAGACAACUCCAACAAAGAUGGCCAAGACAGUACAAAUAAAGACGGAAUAGACAGCUUCAAGGUUCCCAGGGAGUACAAGAUGGUUUUAUCUAAAGUCGAACAAUCAAUGGGAGUGUUUUCAGAAGGACCAGGAGGUUAUAUUUUAAGAUAGAAUGCAAAAUGUCCUCAUGACCCCUCACCCCCAAGAUCUAAAAACCAACUCUGUGCAGUUUGGUGGAUAUUUCUUUUUAAUUUUUGUAUUUAAAAAUUUGGUGUCCGGGAAGCCACAUGACAUGAGUAUUGUUGAUUGGCAGAAGUCAAAGUUCAAAUGAAGCAAUAACAAUCAUUUCUGAUAAAUGCUCGCAUGUUUAAAUUGUACAUUAUUUUUCCAUCAAUGCUCAGACACUCUAAAAUGUUCUCAUCUAUUCAUUCAAAAUAAUGUAAUUCUAUGGUCAAAUACGGAGGCGUGGUGGCCUCAUGGUUAUUGCGCUCAACUCCUGAUCAAGUGGUCCGAGUUCAAGCCUUGGCCAGGGUCAUUGUGUUGUGUUCUUAGGCAAGACACUUGACUCUCACAGUGCUUCUCUUUCCCCAGGUGUACAAAUGAGUACUAGCAAAUAUGCUGGGGGUAACCCUGCGAUGGACUAGCAUCCCAUCCAGGGGGGAGUAGCAAUACUCCUAGCCACUUCAUGCUAAGGAAAUCAGAGUUAAGCACUGGCCCCAUUGGCCACCUAGGCCUGUAUAAAGGCUUUACUUUACUUUUUUACUAUGGUCAAAUAUUGCCUUUCUUUCUCUUAGCCUCAGUGGAAGAUGAUGAAGAAGAAAAAAAACCUAAAAAAAGUGAGUAACAACAUUGUCUUAAAUAUCCUGGGUGUUUAAUGAUGUUUCAGUUGAUCAUGAAUGAUAAACCAAUUAAUACCGAGGCUAUUGAACCCUCAAACUCCCAGAAGUGACAAACAUGUAACUUUUCCCUAUAAUAUCCAUACAUUAUCCAGCAAACAGGUAAUAAGCAUACUCAAACUUAUCAGGUAGAAAUUGUAAUCUUGUUCUAACACCAAAUUUUUAUAACCAAUUUACAAGGAAAUGUGAAGCAGCUAAAGGGGAGAAUUAGCAAUCAGAUCUUGGGAGUUAAAAGGUUAACCCUUUAACUCCCAGAAGUGAUUAACAUAAAACUUCUCCCUACAAUAUUCAUACAUUCUUCAGCAAACAGGUAAUCAGAAUAUUAAAACUUAAAUCAGGUAGAAGCUGCUAUCUUGAUCUAGCACCAAGUUCUCAUAACUAAUUUACAAGGAAAUGUGUAGCAGCUACAGGGGGAGAAUUAACAAUCAGAUCUUGGGAGCUAAAGGGUUAAAAGACUUAAAAAAAAGUCUUUAAAACAGUCUCUUGAAAGUUAAACAAGAAAAAGAUCUGGGCCCAGUUUUUCAAAAAAGAGAUUAAGCUUAAAAAAAUUUUAAUCUUUUCUAUACUUCUUUGUUCAGUCUUUUCUCUACUUCAAAAUUGUUGACAAAAAGAAUUAAACAAAACUUCCAGAAAAAUUUCACACUAACCCUGGUUUAUCUAAACCCAGCUUUGAACAACCCAGCCCUGGUCUGUCAUCACAACCUUGGGAUUCCACACUCUCUUUUGUCCAUCAUUGGGACAGUCAAGGAAAAACUAUCUUUCUGUAAAAAUUCCGAGUUUGUGUUUGAUUAACUUCCAACAGCCAGCACCUUAGCUAUUGAUUAUCACAUUGCACUUAUUUUUCUGCAGGUCAGGUCACUAUUGAAGGAGUAGUUGUACAGAAAGCUGACUGUCGGCCAAUUCAGCCUAGUGCUGACUACCUGAGUUUGAAAAAGUAAGCACUUUUACCACAUGCAUAGAUGUGUGUGGUUAAACAGUUUAAUUCCAACAUUUGUGGUCCAUAACUUUGUGGACAGAGUUACUAUUGGCUCCUUGUGAUUUUCCCUUUAUUCUUAUUGGCCACUGCAAGUAGUAACUUAAUAGUUUCAAAUUGUAACACUCAAUCACUAAGAACUCCUACUAGAGGAAAAGGUUACCCACAUGUUAUUGUAACAAAAGAGUCCUGUAUAGUCAUUAUGAGUCAUGAUUGCAACAUUGUUGUGCUAUUUUUUUUUACUUAUUUACCAGGAAGGCAAUUGUUAAUAAAAGUAAAUCAGGACGGCAAGCCAAAAUGGUUGACCGUGUUAUUAAAUAUCGUCCAGUGUCUGACCACAAGGCUAAUGUAAGUACUCUGAUUUUUUCAAAAUUUCUUUUUAAUCACAAUGGUAUGUGUACACUUUGCAAUACUAUACAUGCUCAUGAUAUACUAGAGUGAAAGAGUAAGAGUUGUAUCUCAGGUUAUCCUUGCAACUUGGAAACAAGUCUCAAAUCACUUUUUUUUUUUUCCACUGAUCAAAUUUUUUACGCAAUUUUCUCAGACUCACUUCUUUUUGGAAGAACUAUUCAAUGUUCUCCAGUCUGCCUAUUCAAAGUUGUAACGUUCCCUUUCCUCACAGAUUGAACACGAAAAGAAGAAGAAAGAAGAAGGAAAAAGAGCUCGAGAAGAUGAAGAUGUUGUCAAAGCGUUGCUUUUCAAUGCAUUUGAAAGACAUCAAUACUAUAACUUGAAGGACCUCAUAACUAUCACAAAACAACCAGUGGUGAGUGACUAAAAAUAAAUUUCUCCUCACAAUACUCACACAUUUUCAAGUAAAAGUCUCAAAACAAAAGUGAUGAGAAAUGCAUGGAGAAUAGUGUAGAGAAUUGAUAUUUUAAUCUGGGGAGUGAAAGGGUUCAAGACAUUUUGGUCAGGAAUUAUUAUGGUAUGAAACGUGCAAAACAGUUUCCCACCAAGGCUCUGAGGGAAAUUGGAAAGGGGGGUGGGAAGGGUGGGAAGGGUGGGAAGGGUGGGAAGUGUGGGAAGGGUGGGAAGGGUGGGAAGGGUGGGCAGUGUGGGAAGGGUGGGAAGGGUGGGAAGGGUGGGAAGGGUGGGAAGGGUGGGAAGGGUGGGAAGGGUAGGAAGGGUGGGAAGGUAGGUCAUUUGCGUCAUUAUGUUUUUGAACUCCUGAUUUAGAUGUCAGGGAUUGGUUGUUCAAAGCUUGGUUAGAAUGACCCAAGGAUUGGUUUGAAAUCUAAUUUCAGAUCUGAAAGCUUUAAGAAAAAAAUUCAGCAUAAUUCCUCUUUUCUCUGGAAUGUGAUUAUUGGAUGCUCUAAACUGAAUGGAGAAAAUUAUCCCACAAAGGCUUUUGAGCAAAGGAAUAGAGAAACCCAGAUUAAAAUCUGACCCUAGGUUAAUGCUAAUCAGCCUUCAAAUAACUAGACCCUGGAAUCAAUGAUACGUCUUCAUUAUUUUGUUUUUAUUAGAAGUAUUUUUAUUAUUAUCAAUCAAUGUCAGUAUCUGAGUAACUCCACCCACCCCUCCCCCCCUCCCCUAACCCAACAACAGUCAACUGUUAACAGACAGAAGUUAAUGUUGGUUUAAGGGGGGGGGAAGGUGGACACUCUCUCAAAUAAUGAAAUUGAUUCAUCAUCAUCAUUAUUAUUAUUAUUAUUAUUAUUAUUAUCAUUGUUAUUAUUACAAUUUCGUUAAUGACGUUCACUUUUUUUGUUCUGCUUUUUGUUAUGGUUGGAUGGUUUUUACCAUCAGUAACACAAGUAACGUUUAUUUUCAUGUCUGAAGAAUGUCUACCCCUUACUUAAUCGCAAGUGCAACUAUUUUGGAGAUGACUUUUAACCCGGUUAAAAAUUGUUCCUUGUUACUGAUCUGACAAGAACCGAUCUCCUUGUUCUUGUAGGCAUAUCUAAAGAGUAUAUUGAAAGAGAUUGGACAUUAUAACACGAAAAAUCCUCACAAAAAUAUGUGGGAGUUAAAGCCUGAGUACAGACAUUACAGCAACAAGAACAGCGAUGAUAAUGGAAAGGAAGGAACAAGUUCGUAAACAAAUUUAGCCAUUUAGACUCACGUGCAAGCGACAAGAGGUGAGGGCCCCAACAGCGUAGAUGCAACGGGAUCUGAAAAAAGCUCAAGAGACAUCUGAAGUAUGGGCAGUUGUUUUCCGUUGCAGGCCUUGUCUACGCAGUUUUUAUAUUUUGAAAACGCAACACAAGUUUUCCGUUUUCACAGGAAAACGGAUUUUUAAAACGUUAUUGUCAACUCUCCAGUGAGCCCACCGGCGGCUCGAACGCUUGAAUGUACCUUCGAGCAUGCCCACAACGAUCAUCUAAUUCUCCCUGGAAUCAUUACAAAGAGCAGGGACUUUCGUAAUUUCAGAACGUGCCGUUUUCAGUGGAUAAUUUGUCCAGUUUAGUCUAGGCAAUACGGCCAACCGAAUAAAAAUAAAGAUGUGUUUUCAGAUGUUUUAUUUGCAGCGGAUUCAACGACAUCGUAUCCAAUAGAAGAAAGAGGGAAAGUUUCUGUGGUGGUGUGUCGGUGGGGGGUUUUAUUUAAUUUUAUCAAGGGACAUGAUAAUUAAGACUGGCCAAGAGUUGGUAAAGAGUUUUUAAAGCUGACGUUUUGAGCGAUUUCCACUCGUCAGAGUGAAUGAUUGCAUCCAUAGAUUCACUUUGCGAAUAUCUCCCAUUAUAUUUCAGACAGCCUUAUAAUCAGCGCCUCUUGAGCGCACGUGCAGUUGACUCGCUUUCUCGCCUAAAAUGUUGCUUUACCUUCUAGAAAGCGUUUGACAAAUGACUCUCGAUUCUGAUCCACAUUGAUGAAGGAUUCUCAAGGCCUUGUGGUUUUGAUAUUGUGUUACAACUGUGUACAAAUUAUGUACACUGCGAAUUGUGGAUCACUUUGCUAAGAUAGUCAAACUCUUACAAGGAAACAAUAAACUAAGUUCGAAUUACAAUGACCACAAUUGGUGAAAAAGGUUAAAAUAUUUUAAAUCAAUUACCUUGACUUCAUUGUAAAGUGUCUAAUGACGCAAAUUAUCGAUAAAUUCACAGUUUUAUACAGCUUUAGUUAGUACUACUUUUGAAUAUACGACUUAACUACUAGAACAACAGUAACGGACUCCUCUAUUGUCUGUCUCAUUUCAUCUUUCAGCAGUAAAUCUAGAGGAACGGGUUUAGACUUAAAUUUAGGAACGCAAGGGAUGCGUUGCAUCUUAAAGCAACCUUACCUGAUACGUCACUGAGGGAGAAAAGAAAUACUAAAGGUCUCACUAAAGCUUGUGGAAGAUAACAUACGACCAUAAUAUGUAGACUGACGGUGCUACACAUACAGUUCUAAAGUACUUUGCUAUGUUAAGUAGAGUUCCAACUUCGUUUCGCUGCUCUUGAAGAUUACCUUGUAUGUGAACUUGAUGACUGCAAGGGUUUAGAAAGAUCUUUAUGUAGCAACAAGCCCAUAUUGUUCAACAGAUUAUGACAUUUAGAGGUACACCUUUUGAAACCACUAUGAAAUUUUUUUCUGUCCGAAUGCUAUCCAAAAGAGAUAAAGCCACCC